AACUAUUGAAUAGAGUAUUGCAUUCGUAGAGAACUACUUGUCUGCUUCACUACUCAACUAACCAGUGGUUGAUUUGAAAAGUUAUCUUUAAUUACAGUUAAAUAAUUUUUGAAAGUUUUUUUUUGAUAAGAUGGCUAAUGUUACCAAUUGGUGUGUUUUACACCGUUUAAAGCCUCAAAUGGUUAAUAAAAUUAAGUUGUGUUCAAUAUUUGGUGAGACAAGUAAUGAAGUUCUGAUGAUCACUGAAGAUGACAGGUGUUGGGCGUUUGGUACCAAUAGAUACGGGUGUCUGGGAUUGGAUCAUAAUCGGGAAACACCGGAACCACAAAUGGUUAACGAGUUGUGUCAUAAACAAGUGAUGGAUAUUGCUUAUGGUUACAAACAUGUCUUAGCUUUAACAGCUAAUGGAGAUCUAUACUCGUGGGGUAACAACACGUUUGGACAGUUGGGUAACGGCACUAAUAUUGAGUGCUUUCAUCCAACACUAACCGGCAAACGUAUUGUCCGUAUAAGUUGUGGCGCUAACUAUUCACAGGUUUUGACCCAAUCGGGAGAGGUGUUUUCAUGGGGCCGUAAUAAUUAUGGCCAGAUUGGUAACGGUACGCACGCCAAUCAAAUGGUACCGAUAAAAGUGCCCGGAUUUGAUGGACAAAAAAUUAGUAAUGUCAGUUGUGGUAGCGCUCAUUCACUCGCACUCACCGAAUCUGGUCAAGUGUACGGUUGGGGUAACAAUGCGUUUGGUCAGUUAGGUAUCGGUAAUAACUUGCAUCGCAAUGAACCGGUUAAAGUAGACCUAAAGUCAAUUUCCAUCAAAGACAUGGUCUGUGGAUUAUAUCACUCGUUAUUGCUUUCAAUCACUGGUGAUAUUUAUGCUUUUGGAUUUAACGAUUGCGGACAACUGGGAACCGGUAAUACUGAAUCGGUAAAUGUGGCCGUAAAGGUCAGUUCACAACACAAGUUUGUUGAGAUUGGCUCCGAGUUCUGGUGCAACAUAUCUACGGGUGUCACUCAAAAUGGGUUUUGCUAUGUAUGGGGUGAAUGUCUUAAUGAAGACACUAUUAGCACACCUCGUGAGACACCAUUUAAGACAAUUCACGACAUCUUUGCCGUUAUGUCUAAACGUAAAAUAACUUACAAACCGAUGAAUUUCACAAAACGUCGCGAACGGAAUCGUGUGAUUGAAAGUCUCAGCAAAUCAUUUAAUGAUCCCUUUAAUAGUGAUCUUUGUUUUAAAGUCGAGAAUAAAGUGAUUUAUGUACAGAAGUGGUUCGUAAAGAUCUGCUGCCAAUACUUUGAUCGCAUGUUCAGCACCGAUACCAAGUGGUCAGAGAGCGAGUCCAAUGAGAUUGUUAUUAAAGACUAUUCUUAUAGUGUUUAUUAUGCUUUUCUUAAAUACAUUUACACGGAUUUGGUUGAAAUAUCGGUCGACGAGGCCAUCGAUCUCUUGGAUUUAGCCGAUUGUUAUUUAGAGGACGAACUCAAACAAAAAUGUGUUCAAUUAAUUAAAAAUAAUCUAACAGUCAAUACAUUUUGUGAUAUAUAUUUGGCUGCAAUUAGAUAUAAAUUAAUAGAUUUUGACAAAUAUUGUGUUGCUUUUGCUUAUAAUAAUUUGUUUGAAAUUUGCAAAACUAAGUCAUUUAAGACAAUGGAUAAUAAUUUGUGCAAAAAUUUAUUGAUUAGUGUUGCAGAGUUGGCUUAA